AUGUUGGAAACUGCUCCUUACAGCUCUCUUAAGUGGCACAUACGUGUACCGUAUGAAUAUGUUGCACGGUGCUUUGCAGUCAGUCGGAAGAUCCAAGACCUAAGUCGCGACUGCCAACUCAUUGAUGAAGACGAGUACGCAGCCGUGAACUCGUUCGGACGUGGUCCCACUACUGCCGGUCCGCCUGCUGCCUUUGGUCAGGCCGCACCUUUCAGUGCCGCAGGCGGUGGUACCACCAAUGGUACAAGCAAUUUCAACGUGCGUUUCGUUGCGUCAACAGCUCAACCGGUCAACUCUAAUAGUGGUUCAUCGGCUACUUCGCCCAGUGGAGGUUCAAGUACAGGAUACCCGGUCGUACGAGUAUUUGCACAGGACAGCCCUUCAACGGAUGCGGUUAGUAUAACUCUCAGCGGUGGUCUUUAA